UUGGUUAUGUAGUAGUAGUACAAUUGUAGUAGUUUCCAAUAUGGGAAAUAAUUUUUGUGUUUAAAAAUUUUAUAAAUAUAAAAUAUAAUGCAAAUAACAGUAAUUAGAAUAUUGUAUUCUUUUUACUAUUAGAAAACAUGUUUUUUCUGGCAUUUUAUGAAAUAUUUUUUGUGCACAAAAUGGUAUGACCCUAAAUGUACAAAACUAAUGCAAGUGCCAUAAUUAGAAUAGAAAAGGUUCACAAAAAUUACACUUUCAUAUAUAAUUGAUAAAGUGUAUAAAAAAAGAAAUUAUAUAUUUUUGUAUAAACUAGAAAAUAAUACCAAGUAUUAUCUAAACUAUGUUAAUCUACAAAUUAAGAGCAAAUACUAAAUAUAGCUAAUAUAAUUUAGCUAUGAUCGUUGAAUUAUUUUAACAAUUGCAUAAAAGUAUAUAAAAAUAUGAAGAAAGAACUUAUUUUUUUAAUAUUUUGUGUCAUUACAACACUCAUCUCAUUAGUAACCAUAAUAAAAACAAAUAUAAAUAAUACAAAACUGGAAUUAAAAUAUUCACACAAUACAAAUAAAAAUUCCUCACUUACAAAAUUUAUCAUUGAACCAAAGUGUAACUCUAAUUUUGUUGUUUGGAUUGUUACAUCUCCAGUAAAUGAUCCUUUAUACAGAACAGCAUUAAGACGUGCAUAUCCAAAUGAAAUGUUAAAAAGUUUAAAUAUCACAAGGGUUUUUUUAUUAGGAAUGUCUAAAGAAGAAAGUAUAUGGGAAUAUAUUAUUCAAGAAUCACAGCAGUAUAACGAUUUGUUGCAAGGAGAUUUCUUAGAAAGUUAUAGAAACCUUACAUUAAAACAUUUGAUGGGUUUAAGAUGGGCAUCAAGUAACUGUAGAUCUACUUUCCUAAUAAAAACUGAUAAUGAUAUUGUAUUAGAUGUUUUUGAAAUGUUAAAACUUUUAAAAAAGAAAACUAUGAAUGAAAAUGCUAUAUCUGGAUAUGUUUUAAGAAAAAUGAAACCAAUACGAAUAUCAAAUAACAAAUGGUUUGUUACCAAUGAAGAUUUUUCAGGUGAUGUUUAUCCUGAUUUUCUCUCAGGAUGGUUUUAUAUAACCAAUUUAAAAGUUGCACAAUUAUUAGUUUAUGCAAGUGAAAAGAUUAAGAAUUUUCUUUGGAUUGAUGAUGUAUUUAUUACUGGAAUUUUAAGGCAAAAAUAUGAUAUUAAAAUUGAAGAACUAAAUAGUUUAUUUGCAACAGAUUAUAGGUAUUUGGAAUGUUGUAUAAGAGACAAGAAAUGGAAAUUGAAAUGUGGAUUUAUUGCAGGACCCGAUGGAGACAAAAAAGAAUUACAUAUUAAAUUUAAAGAAUUUUCUGAAUAUUGUCAAUGGAAUUGUACUGAAAGGAUGAAAAAACAAUUAGUAUCAAAGACUUGUGUAGCUACUUAUGAAGAAAAAAUAAAUAUUAUAAAUUCUAAAGUUCAGGUUCAUUAUAUAUAAAGUUUGAAAAAUUAUUACUUUUAUUACUAAAGAAAU